AUGGCCAAGGAAACAGUUCUUAUUACGGGCAUUACAGGGUAUAUCGGGUUCAAGGUCCUAUACAUUGCUCUCUCACAGGGUUACAGAGUUCGUGGCGUUGUACGCAAAGAAGAGCAAAUCUCCAAGAUUACAUCUCACCCUCUUAUGGAAGGCCUUACAAGCGGUGUUGAAUUUGUGGUCAUACCAGAGUUAGGGAAAUCUGGGGCUUUCGAUCCAGUCUUGGACGGCAUUUCAGCAAUCAUCCAUCUUGCCUCUCCACUCGCUAAAGAGACAGACGAUUACAGCCGAGAUAUCGUCCAGCCGCCUCUUGAUAUGGAGUCGUCACUGCUCGAGUCGGCUCUCAACGCACCUAGUGUACGUCGAGUAGUUAUUACUUCCUCGGCUGUCACCUUGAUUCCCCUAUCUUGGCUCGCCAGUAGCGACGUCGACACCGUCUUCACAUCUCGAGACCUAAAUACGGACACUGCACCUCCAUAUCACAAUGCCAUGGAGGCAUACUGGGCAUCCAAGGCCCUUGCCCGAAAGCACGUUCACGAGUUCCUGUCGCAGAAGAAACCCCACUUUGACAUUAUUCAAUUACUUCCUUCAGUUGUCAUAGGGCCGGAUGAUUGGGCGACGGAUCUGGAAUCAUUCUUCGUGGGAACUCGCGCCAUGAUUAUGCCAAUCGUCCAAGGUAAAGUCAUGGAAGCACCGCUUGUGGGAGUGCCUGUCUUUGUAGACGAUGUUGCACUCGCUCAUGUGGAUGCGAUCAAGCCAUCAGUGUCUGGGAACAAGGACUAUAUCCUGAGUUCUGAUACACCGGAUGGUAUUGAGUGGAAUUCCACCUUGGACGUUGCCCGAAAGCAUUUUCCACGAGAAGUCGAAAGUGGAUUGCUUCAAUGUACAGGAUCGCUGCCUACUAGAAGAUGGAAACUGGACGCAUCAGACAGCGAGAAAGCUUUUGGGUGGAAGUUUACUUCCUUCGAGAACACGAUGAGGAAACAGCUUCAACAGUACAUUACACUGGUCAAGGACUCUGAGGCUUCAAUUUGA